AUGGAGCCGACGUCGGUCAUCUCAGUCGCGGGAGCGUGCUUGACGGUAGUGCUGCGCACGUCGCGCGAGAUCAACGAGCUGGUGGCCAAGGCGCGGCGGAUCGACCACACAGUGACGCUGAUCCUGGCCCGGCUGGGCUCUAUCCAGGCCACUGUGUCGCAGCUGCAGUCUUGGAUGCAGGCCGAGGGCAGCGACGUAUCGCCGCAGGUGGCCGCCGACCUGCACACGGCCAUCGGCGCCUGCCAGCUCGUCGUGCGCGAGAUCCUACGCCAUGUCCAGCGCGUCAAGGCGGGCUGGCUCGGCGGCCGCGUGCGCCAUCUCUGGGACGAGGGCCAGUACCUGAUGUACCAGCAGAGUCUCGACAGCCAGACUGCUGCACUGGCCAUCUUCCUCAACGUCAUCCUGCUCAAGUCGAGCACCCGCCAGCGCAUCCUUCUGGAGAGCAUCGAGAGCCAGCGCACUCUGAGAGAUGCACAAGACCGGGCGUCCAUCUACUCUGCGGCCGAGCAUGAGGCAGACGAGCACGGCGAAGUGCCCAAGCCCAUGGACCACGAGCGCCGGCCAGGCAGCAUGCAAUCCGAGACCAACGACGGCUCCGAAAGCACCACGGCCACCAUCUCCACCAACUCAACCAGCUCCUCUGCCGGCUUCGACGCCGAAACCAAGAAGUCACGGCGCUGGCUGGGCCUCCGCCGGCACGCCUCACCAUCAUCGACCAAGCAGCAGCUGUGCGAGGCCGCACUCGUGGGCGACGCCGCCCUGAUCGCACGCCUCUGCGACGAAGGCGCCGACGUCAACGUCAGGCACUCCAAAUGGUCCAGCACCAACAGCAGCAGCACCACGCUGGCGUCGCUCGACUCUUUCGAAAAGCCCAAGCCGACAAGCCCCGGAAGCCUGACCAGAUAUCUCUCCUGGCCGACGCGAGCAGCCGCCGUCCAGACGUCUCCUCUGCACAUCGCCGCCGAGAUGGGCCAUCUGGACGUCAUCAACACGCUCAUCACCCGCGGCGCGAACCCGAACCUCACGUCGGGCGACGCGGGCCGCACGCCGCUCCACGUGGCCGACGAAGACGCAGUGCCGCUGCUCCUCUCGCUGGGCGCGCAGCCACUGAUCAGAGACCAAAAGGGCCAGCUCCCGCUCCACGAUGCCGCCGCCAACGGCCACCUAAAAGCCAUACAACUAUACAUCCAACACCACCACCAACACAACAACAACAACAACAACAACAACAUCCUCGACGCCCCCGACAAGCGCCAGCAAACCCCCCUCCACCACGCCAGCCGCCACGGCCGCGCCGCCGCCGCCGCCGCCCUCCUCGCCGCGGGCGCCUACCGCAACGCCGCCGACGCCGACGGCCAGCGCCCGCUGCACCUCGCCGCCCGGCACGGCCACGCCGGCGUCGUCCGCGCGCUGCUGGCUGCUGCCGCCGACACGGCCGCCGUCGCCUCGCGCGACCGCUGGACGCCGCUGCACGCCGCCGCCAGCGCCGGCCACGUCGCCGUCGUCGACGCCCUCCUGCAGCUCGCGGGCGCCGACAUCGUCAGCACCAUCAUCAACACCCCCGACGCCCGCGGCCGCACCCCGCUGCACCUCGCCGUGCUGGCUGCGCACCGCGACGUCGCCGCCGCGCUGAUCCGACAUGCCGCAGAGACGACGACGACGUCGGUCUCCUCCAAAUCCAACCCCAUCGUCGACACCCCGACCGCCGACCGCCGCGGCGAGCGGCCCCUCCACCUCGCGGCGCGCAGCCCCCGCGCCGACGACGCCGUCGCAUUCGUGCGGCUACUACUCGACAGCGGCGCCGCCGUGGUCUGCAACGACGAAACCGACGAAAACGAAAACGACGACGGCGGCGGGGGCAGGGGCAGGGGCGCGCUGGUCGACCGUGCGGGGCGGUCGCCGCUGACGGUGGCGUGCGGGCGGCCGGCCGAGGCGCUGGACGUGGUCAAGGUGCUGCUGGCGGCGGGGGUGGCGGUGCGGCACGUCGACUACCGGGCGCUGUGGCGGAACGAGCGGCUGCGGGCGUGGGAGAAGACGGCGGUGCAUGCGGCGCUGAACGAGGUGGCGGGGGAGGAGCUGAGGAGGGAUGAGGUGGAGUGGGCGAUUGUGGCGGUUUGA